UCCUAAGUUUUAGGAACUUUUCUAAAACAGAGAGGAGAUUUGGGUUUAGGUUCUUCUUGUUCGGAAACCCUACGACUGUAGGUUUAACACUAGCCGAUACAAUUACAGAGCUCCUUUGCUGAAGCGGUGGUGGUCAUGAUGUCACUCUCUCUUCCUCACUCACUCCCUCGCUCUCCUCCACUCCAGUUAAACCCACCCAGAAUCGUUCCCUCGUUUCAUCGCUUCACUCUUUUCCGAUGCUCCGCCAGUCUCAGAGCCUCUCUCAAUUCCCAAAAUUCCAGAGUCAGUGUUCGACUCCCUGCCGCGAAUCAACCAGUUGCAACAAAGUUACAAGUGGAACGUUUUGCAAGCAUUUCUUCCUCGAACAGUCAAGAAACAUCUUCUGUUGGUGUCAACCCACAAUUCUCAGUACCUCCCCCACCCUCCAAUACAGGAUCACCUCUAUUUUGGAUUGGCGUUGGUGUUGCGUUUUCUGCAGUAUUUUCAUGGGCUGCUGGAAGGUUAAAGAAUUAUGCAAUGCAACAAGCUUUUAAGACUGUGAUGGGCCAGAUGAAUUCACAAAAUGACCAGUUCAGUAAUGCUGCAUUUUCUCCGGGAUCACCUUUUCCAUUUCCAGCAGCUCCAGGAUCGCCGUCUGCCUCACCAUUUUCAGCAUCCGCUCAACCUUCUUUCACAGAUGUAUCUGCAACCAGAGUAGAUGAAUCACCACCAGCCUCAUCAGCCUCGUCAGCCACUCCUUCCACACCUGCUACUGAUGUCAAAGACGAAGAAAAACCAAAGAAAGAACAGAAAAGUUAUGCUUUUGUAGAUGUUACUCCAGAAGAAACUGUGCAGCAGAGUCCUUUUGAAAGUAGCUUACGAGAUACUGAAAUAGGUUCAUCUAAGGAAGCCAAGAAUAAUGUGGAAGGUUCUCAGAAUGGAGCUGCUUUUAAGCAGGGGACAGAUGCUCCCAUGGGGUCUCAAAAUACUGGAAAAGAAAAUUCUGUUCUAUCAGUGGAAGCAUUGGAGAAAAUGUUGGAAGAUCCGACUGUACAGAAGAUGGUUUACCCCUAUUUACCUGAGGAGAUGAGGAAUCCCACUACUUUCAAAUGGAUGCUACAAAAUCCACAAUAUCGCCAACAGCUAGAAGACAUGUUACGUAAUAUGGCUGGAAGCAGUGAAUGGGACAAUCGAAUGAUGGAUUCUUUGAAAAAUUUUGAUCUUAGCAGUCCAGAGGUCAAGCAGCAGUUUGAUCAGAUUGGGCUUACACCUGAGGAAGUUAUUUCAAAAAUAAUGGACAAUCCUGACGUUGCUAGGGCAUUUCAAAAUCCAAGAGUUCAAGCUGCCAUAAUGGAUUGUUCGCAGAAUCCAUUGAGUAUUGCAAAAUAUCAAAAUGAUAAGGAGGUAUGGUAGAUUUCUUUUUCAUUGUUUUGCUUUGUUAUUGUAUCUACAAUUUAGAGCCGGACAAACUUUUGGAUAACUAGGGGAAGUACUAUAUAUAUAGAUA